GAAUGCUAUAUAUUCUGGACUCGUAUAAUAAUCCAUUUAGUUUUAGCUAUCGCUAUGACACGGCAACAAGUACUCUUACAUCACUAUCCUUUGCCGGACUCAGAUACCCAGGACCUGAAUAUGAAUAUCUUACCUCUUUGGAAUAUGUUCCUGGAAGUUGUGAGUUGUUAGUAUGGAACCAUGGAUUUCUCCAGAAAGUGCCAAUAACCUUUGAUUACACCGAGGUGACAACUAAACCAACACCAAGGACCACGAGUGAUUUACCAACACUGUCUUGUGGUAGUUCUACUAAGAUAAUAUCGAGCAUUAGUCUGGGCAUUGGUAAUUCAAUGGAUUUGAGCUCUGGGCUAGGAACACAUGGUUGGUGGUUUGUGGACCCCAUAGAUUCAACAGUGUGGGUUAUGAAAGGCUACGACAAGGCCAAUACUCUUGAGCGGUACACAAACGAGAUGUCAAUUUUGAGCAAUCCUAUAAAGAAUAUAACUCUUAGACAAUCGUGUGACGGAACAGGACAUGCCAUAUACGCAGGCUAUUUCUAUUGCAACUUGGCAAGCUCAAAUAGAGUGGUGAAAAUUCAGAUUAGUACUAAAGAAAACGUUGGUGAAGUGACUUUGAAAGAUGCUGGUUUCCAGAAUACAUAUCCUUACGAUUGGGGAGGAUUCUCGGACAUUGAUCUUGCUUUGGACAAUGGAAAUAGACUUUAUGCCAUAUAUGGUUCUAUACAAAAUGAAGGAAAUUUUGCAAUUGCACUUUUGGACAUUGAUACAUUGGUCAUUGUUGAAACAUGGCAGCUCGAUGUAAAGAAGAGGAGAGCUGGAAAUGCAUUCAUGGCAAAUGGAAUACUUUAUAUUCUGGACACGUAUAGAUCGCCAUCAUAUUUUACCCACUACUUUGACACGACAAGGAAUCGUCUAAUAUCACUCUCUUCCAAUGAACUCAGCUAUCCAGGUCGUUCUAAAAAAAGUUACCUUACUGCUUUAGAAUUUAUACCUGGAAGAUGUGAGCUACUUGCGUGGGACAGUGGAUUCAUCCAGAAAAUGUCGCUUUCUUUUUAAUUUUAGUUCAUCUUAUUGUAUGAUGGUUUUACCAUAUUUUAAGAAAAGCUAUUCCUCAAAUUUUUUUUUGUGUUUAAAAUGACUCAAUUCAAACAAUUUUCAAUUAAAAGUAAAUUGUCAUGAAUGAAUAGAAAUCGGGCGAACUACUCGGCAACAUUGUUGUCCGAUUUUUGGCUUGUUG